AUUGAUUUUGAGACCAUGUUCCCUCAAGUUGAAGAACCUCCCUCUGAGAAAUUUGCGCAACUUAAAAAGAAGCUGAUACCGCUUUUUGGAAUGGAAAUCAAAGACAAAUACAGUAAAGGACUUCUUAAAAAACUUGGCGAUUCAAGCACAAACGAAGACUCGCAAGGAUGCAUUACGAGUUUGCUUAUCAACGCUCUAAUCCUUCCUGAUCGUGAGUGCGGAAACAAGAAGCCCGCAAUUGCAGAUGCCCAACGUCAGAUGGUUUUCCGAGUGAAUUCCAGAAAAGAAUUGGAGGAACUUAUAAGUCAACAGAACAACGAUUUGAAAAUCAUUGCUGUCGGUCAGGAUCUCACAGCCAUCACUGAAGUGUAUGUCAAUUGCGGACCAAUUUUUUACAAGAUGUCAUCAUACUCAAGAGCCAUGGAACUCCUUAUAAAGCUGAGUCUUCUACUUCAUAUUGACUAUCCCAGAAAAUGCAGAUAUGCUUGGAAAGUUCUAGAAGGGUUUUGUUUUAGUCAUGCUACCGAAAGGGUGUAUGACCCAAAAGUACAAAAUUUGCUCAAUAAGCUCAGUUAAAUUGAAACAAUAUGCAUCUUGAAUAUUUCAUCUGCAAGAUUCAAUUGAAGGAAGAAAAUCAGCUUUUUAUUCAUUUAAGAAAAAAUCACAAGACACCAACUGAUUAUGACUAUAAGUGUAUGGACCGAAAUUGCAAUCAAGUCUUCCAAAACUAUUUCAGGUAUCGUACCCAUAUUAAAAAUCACAAUAAGUGCUCAGUAUCUGGCAAAAUUCGAACUGAAGACUUAACCAUUGAAAAGACAUACACUAACAUACCAAACCAGUCCAAUUUAAUAUGAGAUUCAAACCCUCAUUAUGCAAAACAAGUCGAUGAAUUAAACCAAAUUAGAUCUUCAGAAUUCAGUACAAAAAACGAUCUAUUAAACUCGUCUGUAUCAUCACCAUCAUGUUCUUAUAUGUCUGAUACGCAAGACUCUGAUACACUUAGCUUGCCUAUCGUUCAACCAAGUUAUAUACAGACACACAAUCUAAAUUUAAAGAAUCACAGUUAAAAUUUUCAUUAUCACUACACACAGAAGCAAACAUUACACGAAAAAAUGUUGUGAAAAUUCAAAAAGGAAUUAAAGACAAUAUAGUUGAACCCAUUUUGACAGACCUAAGAUCUUUUCUCCCAUAUAUAUGCUUGUAUAUAUGCAAAUAAACAAACAGAAUUUCAGACACUUAUUAAUGGAAUUGAAAAUGCAUUUGAAGUUACCAAGUCUGAAUACAGAUUUCUAAAUCAUUUAGAAGAACAGUCUUUGUAUAAAAAACCAAUUAAUUUUAUUUUAAAUAAUGAAAUAUCCGAAGAAGACGUACGAAAUGACAAAAUAGAUCUGACCAAAUUCCAAGGAUGUGUUCAUUAUAUCGAUUUUCAGUUAAAAAAUUUUUUCGAAUGUAGGAACAACUUAGAAAUUACAUUUCAAAACAUUAAAAAGUUAAAAGAAGAAGACACUCAUAAUCAUUUUAUUAAUUUCUACUGUUGGAAAAGGAAAAAUGGAACGAUUUAGAGAUAAAAUGGUUUUUCCAAUAUUUUAAAAAUUUUUCAUAUAUCAUAAAUGAAUAUAUUUCACA